AAAAAACGGGUAGCCAUAAAGUUAGCUGGAUAGCUCAAACGUAACUACGUUAAGAUAUUUUAGUUAAAGCAGAGAUGAAGAGGCGAAGCAUAUAGAUAGAUACUCGUUGGUUAAAGCCGUGAAAACAAUUAGCUAGACUGAGAGAUGGCAAACUUCAGCUAGCUAAGUUAGCUGGCUAGCAAACUAAUGUUACCGCGCAAGGGACUGUGAACGUUAAUCGUGCAUCUUUGACGCCCCCUGUGGUAGAUUUGAGCAUGGCACCAGGACCCGCAGGCAGAGACGCGACUCGCAGGAAAAGUAAGGAUCAGCUGGACUGGAGCACGUGCUGGAGCAACAGCCUGAAAGAGAUUGCAGGCCUCCUACCCAUAUCUGAGCCUAGGAAUGGCCGAGGACUCACCAAGAAGGAGACUCUGGUCCACAUGCUGCGCUAUUUUGACUUUCUUCAGAGUAAGAUCCAGACCCUGCAGAGCCGCUUGCCCCCCCACUGCAUCCCCAAGCAGGAACCCGACACAGGGUCUGAGAGUGAAGAGAACACCCUCUCUGAGCCCUGUACCCCCCCUCACACUCUAAAGGCCAAGCGCAAAUAUGCUUGCAGCCGUUCCCGCAAGAGACCUGCCCCCACCUCAGGUACCAGACCUCCCCCAGCUACCCAUGACAUUAUGUUCAACACUGUCAAAGACUGUUGUAAGGUGAUGAGAGUAGUUCUGCUAAUUACAUCAAGUAUGAUUACAAACUGUCGUUUUGUGUGUAAUAAUAUCACACUAACCAGAAUGUUGCGUUUCUGUUUGGUUAACUCAGAGGUGAAGGCAGAGCUUCAGGUGAAAAGAAGGAGGUUGUACAAAGCUGUAGCUAAUGGAAAAAGAGUUUACCCAGAGGAGGAGGGUGUGUCUGUCCCCAUGUGGGGCGUGCAUUCUGAUUGGUCAGAGCUCCAGUCUAGGGAUAGCCAUGGGGCGUGGCCUGUGUAUGACAGCGAUUCCCAGCCGAGCUCCCUGGAUUCAGGCUUCAGCCUAAAUCAGCUGCUCCCCCUAAGUACGCCUCUGGAGGGGAGCAGUGGGACUCUGUGGACUCCAUCCCCAACACAGGGAGGCCACUGCUCUGUCUGUGAGGACCGCACAGGCAGCGAGAGCAGCCCAUCAGGGAGCGGGGUCCUAGACACUCCAACUACUCCAAUUACUGGGCCAGGAUCACUUUUCCUGAAGGACCAAAUGCUUGGGGUCAUCCCACCCAUGCGAGGGCAAAGGGAGCCCUUCCUCAGCCCUGCUGCCACGCCCCAACGCCCUAUCCUACUCCCCCUGCUGCCUCUGUUUGGGACGGGGGACAGUCUGAACCUCAGCCCCUCCCUCCUCACAUCACCUGCCCGGGGCCUCAGCCACUGCCUGCUGCCUGAGGGCCAGGAGGAGCUCCAUGUGCUAUUCGAGGAUGUUUGGGUCACCCCUAAAACGACCCACACCAAAGUGUCCUGCCUGCCCUGCCAUGACCCCACUGACUCACUGUCGGAGGGUGAAGCUGAAGUCAGGCAUGGCAGAGGAGGGUGGCUGUCCUCCCUGAGUGAGGGGGAGGAAGGGGACAUCACCUGGACCCCCAAGCAACAACAAGUCCCUCUGAAGUCAAAGACCAGUAGAACAGGACGGCACUGCAGAGCCAACGCCUCCACCAAGGGUCCCCCUCGCACCCCUCUUAACCUGAAGAAGAAGUGUGUCAACGGCUUCAUCAUGUUCUGCCGCAUCAACAGGAAGACCUACCUCUGCACCCACCCUGGCACCCCGUCUACUGUGGUCACCAAGGAGCUGGCCAGCCUGUGGCACGUCAUGCCCAAGCAGGAGAGGCAUGUCUACUGUCUGAAGGCCCGUCGCUUCAGCCGCCAGCAGAACCGUAACGUGAGGAGUGAGUUGGUGGAGGGAGACGGGGAGGAAGAGGACUGUGUACCCAGCCCCCUCCACAUGCUGCUGGCCCAGAGAGACCUGUGUGCUGCAGCCAGAGGAGGCCCCUAGAGCAGCUACCUCCACACACACUGACCCUUCACUGACCAUAUGCAUCUAGCAUUGGAUGUCCAUAUUUAUACUGUAUCUGUCCAUAUUCAAAUCAACAAUACUGUUUAUUUAAGAGUCACUUACUGUAUGAGUUAAUUAUGAAGUUCUUUGGAGAUUUAAUUAUAUUCUCAAACGCAGACACUUAAUCUCUUUGUCUAGCACAGUGGUUCCCAAUUUAUAUAUAUUUUUUAAAGGAAGUCAGUCCGACUUUAAACUUACUCUUUAAAGUUGUAAUAGUAGAAUGCACAAGGUGCAAUUUCGAAAUGAGGUAGUGCAUCAUUAGUUCCUCUUGUCAUGUUAG